UUUGUAUUAAUGAAAAUUUUAAAAAAUUUUUUUAUAUGCAGAGUUUUCCAUCUGAUGAGGGUUGGCCGUUUGCAAAGUACUUAGGAGCGUGCGGAAGAAUGGUGGCUGUCAAUUACGUUGGAGAAGAGCUGUGGAGUUACUUUAAUGCACCAUGGGAGAAACGAGUGGACCUGGCCUGGCAGUUAAUGGAAAUAGCUGAGCAACUGACAAAUAAUGACUUUGAAUUUGCACUCUACCUCCUUGAUGUCAGCUUUGACAACUUUGCAGUUGGACCAAGAGAUGGGAAAGUUAUCAUUGUAGAUGCAGAAAACGUUCUGGUAGCAGAUAAAAGGUUAAUCAGACAGAAUAAACCUGAAAACUGGGAUGUAUGGUAUGAAAGCAAAUUUGAUGACUGUGAUAAAGAAGCUUGCCUGUCCUUCUCAAAAGAAAUUCUUUGUGCUCGUGUCACUGUGGACCACAAUUAUUACGCUAUUUGUCAGAACCUUUUAUCAAGACAUGCCACAUGGCGUGGAACUUCUGGAGGACUACUUCAUGACCCCCCUGCUGAAAUUGCCAAAGAUGGCCGACUUGAGGCCUUGCUGGAUGAGUGUGCCAACCCAAAGAAGCGAUAUGGUAGAUUCCAAGCUGCAAAAGAACUGCGUGAAUACCUUGCACAAUUGAGUAAUAAUGUGAGGUAGUCCACAGUGGAAAACUUUUUGUAACACUGGCUAGAACACUAUUACAAAGACACAUGGAAAAUAAAAUCCUGAACUUAUGUAUUCAAAACAGAAAAUAAAAAAUAUGGAACUAGUUUAUCAGUUUUAUAAAUACCAUAAAAAUAUAAUUUUAUGGUGUUAUAAUGUUCCUUUGCAAACAGACAAGGUACUUACUGAACUAAAACUUGAGCUACUAUUGACUGUUCUCCCUAACUACUUAAAAGGGGAUAGGUCAAAAACAGACUGUGAUACAAGCUGUCAAUUAAGCUGUAUCAAAGGGUACUUUACAUAAAACUGCAUUAGUAUCACAGUUUUGUGAAGCUGAUGUUCUUACUUGGAAAGUCAAGUUAGACUGGCCUGUUUUAAAGGCCUUUUUCCUGAUGCCAUUGUCUCAUUUUUGUGUUUGUUUAAACACCUUGAAGUGGCAUUUACAUACAGGUAAACCUAACUGUCUGCAUUAUUUUGAAUUUAACAGGCUUUCAUAUUAAUGCUGUGCAGUAUGUUUCUACUGUGAGUGCAAGAUUCCCACGUUUACUGUCUAAUUUUAGGAUUUUUACACUGUUUUACUAUGCUUAGACAUUGUGUAUUUUUUUUAAGAUCACCAUGAACUCGAAUGUCAUUUGAACUAAUAUUUCAUUUGAUCUCUUUUGUAUUCGUGACAUUGAAGAUAUCACUUAAUGUAAUUAUUGUACAAAAUUUCUACCCUUCAUGCCAGAAGAUAUACAGGACUGCUUAGCAGGGAACCAUGGUUUGAGCAAACUCUAACUUUUAACAAAGGUAAUUUGAGGAUUGGGGAGAGACUGGGAUUAAAAAAAAAAUCUUAUAAGUUGAAGAUAAAAGUUUGACUGAAAACAAAAGUUUGCUAGUCCAGUGUAGCUGAGCAUAAACCAAAGAAAAUGGUUUUGUUUGUUAGUCCCUAAACUAAUCUUGAAGAAAAAAUGAUAUACUGUAGUGAUGCUAAUUCUCAAAAUUCAAAUUUCAGUGGUCCUUGAUUGCGCUUUGAAAAAAGUUGUAAAACUACUUUCUGAUACUAGAAGAAAACCCUAAUUUGAAUAAAAAUGUCUGGCAGGUUAGCAAUUUGUUUUACAUCUUUCCUUGUUCUGUUGAAUUCAAGGGUAGUCAAGUUUACUGAAUAUUCAUCUUUGGUUUAGCAGAAUAGAUUAAGCUAUAUUCACUCUAGAUACCAUUUCUUGAAUUAGGUCUGACUAUUCCCAGUGCAGGCAAAAUUGACUUGUUAAGGUUUUUGUAAAUCUGAAGUUGGUCCCCUAAAUUCUAAUUUCUAAAUUCUAAAACCUCACUGCUACAAGAACUGACUUCAGAUCUUAUUUUUUAUUUUUUUAUGACUUCUAUAAUGCUUUGUUUUCCUGAAGUCGUAAUCAUAAAAAGAUAUUCUUAGGAAAUAUAUGCAUAUUUCUUCUUGCGACAGUAAUGACGAAAACCUACAUUGUUUUAUGCUUGUAUAAAACAGUACUUUGUGCAAGCUAAAAAUUCUGAGCAAAGUGGCAUGCCCUGCUUCUGAGGGUGGUGUCAGUAUGCCUCUCGGAUGCUACAUCAGGAUAGUAGUAGAAACUGCUGCUGCACCAAAUUGCUGUAAGGGCAAGGUGAAGAAAACAGUAAACUCAUUGCCCCUUCUUUUUCAAAGCUGAAGAAGUGCAGCUGUAUAAAGAUGCAAAGUGUUUUUUUUCUUUUUAAAUGGUUUAGAUAACUGUAUUAAGGAUAUUUUAGAAUUCUAAAUUCUCACUUUGAAACUUCUUUGCUUAUGUAGUCCUAAUUUGCUCCCAAUCCCUUGCCUUGUGCCUUGCUUGUUUUCAGAAGUUAGAAUGACCAAUGCAACUUUUAAUUUUCAUUUCUCCCCUUCCCUCAUUGGAAGACUACUUUACAUACUUGCUCUGGCAUAAGACUUCAGAGAGGGUUCGUGUCACUUUUUUGUCACAAAAUCCACUUGUUGAAGAAAAUAGAAUAACCCUGAGACUAGGUAAUAUUAUCCUACCACAAAAGCCUUGACUUAUCACUAAAAUUGUGUGUGUUUGUUUGUUUAAAACAUCUACUGCAUUUCCUAACGAGUGAGUGGAGUAUGAUUGUUAAAAGGUUUAAACACAGACACUGCCACUUCCGCUUACUACUUGAGGCAGUUCUGGCAGUAACUGCCAGCUUGUCCUAUUAGAUUUGGUUUGGGGUUUAGUUCCCUCUGGAUUAAGUUACUAAAGCUAAUUAUAAAAGGAAUUUGGAAGUAAAAAAGAAUACUACAGGGAAAAUGUUGUGGAAAGCAAUAAAUCUUGUUCCGUUUGCACCUAUCAGAUAUGUAGUGUAUGAUAACAAUUUAUAUUUUUAGUCAUGCCCAUUAUUAUUGAUGAACACUUGGUGAAAUAUUUUUGAAUGAGAUGUUUGGGGUUUGUAUGUGCAUUAAAAAUGUCUUUUUGUACUGUAAGUUACUGUUUGAUUGGAAUAUUUUAUCAAAACUGUCUCCCUGUGCCUUUAUAUUACAAGAAAGUUGUUUCUGCAACUUCUAAUGAUAUUAAUAAAGAAUACUUUAAGAACCUCA